AUGGUCGAUCAAGGUGUGGAAAAAUCGUCCGGUAGUACAGAUCCUACAUCCUUUUCUGCGGCUGAUAAACAAAAACAAACAGGUUCUGGCUCUCCGGUACAGCUUUCAUUUGCGAAUAUUGUGAAGGAUACCAAAGAGAAAGCGAAGGUGAACUUUAGGGUACUGGAAUCGAAUGAAGCUAUUGAUGGAGCGGAUGUUGUCAUUCCUCUUUCUUCAGUUAAACAAGUCUCUGACAGGUAUGCGAAUACCUUGUAUGGUUAUUUUCUGGGUAAACGGCUGGCUUUUCCUGUUGUUGAUUUCUUUGCAAAGAACAAUUGGGCUAAGUAUGGAUUGUCAAGAAUUAUGAUGAAUGCUCAUGGGUUCUUCUUUUUUAAGUUCACAACGAAAGAAGGGAUGGAUCAAAUGUUAGAGGAUGGGCCGUGGAUGAUUAGAAAUGUUCCAAUUAUUUUGAAAGAAUGGUCAGCCUCUAUCAAGUUGGUAAAAGAGGAUUUAAAAGCGAUUCCAGUUUGGGUCAAGAUGCAUGAUGUGCCGUUAGCGGCAUUUACUGAGGAUGGGCUCAGUUUACUUGCUUCUAAGAUUGGGGUACCUAUAAUGUUAGAUUCGUAUACGGCUACAAUGUGUGCGGAAUCUUGGGGAAGAAGCAGCUAUGCUAGAGCUCUUAUUGAGGUCCAGGCAGGAGUUGAGUUAAAGAAGAGUGUUACGGUAGCAAUUCCUUCCUUGGAUGGCCUUAGUCACUCGAAGGUGGAGGUUAAAAUUGAGUAUGAUUGGGAGCCGUUAAGAUGUUCUUCUUGUUGUGUCUUCGGUCAUGAGGAUCACUCGUGUCCUCAGAACCCGCAUGAAAAUUCGAAUGGGGAUACUGAGAAGAAGGAUAAGGAUGAUUUUCAGGUGGUAGGUGCCAAAAAGAAGAAACCAAAUAAUCAAGGGCUUCAUAUGAAAAACCAGAAGCCAAAGGUAGUUUACAGGCCAGUUGUCAACCCUAAACCGAAAGCGUCAUCAAAGAGUCCGGUUCAGAAUCCGGUUUCAACGUCUAACCCGUUUGAUGUUCUAAAGGACGAUAAUGGUAAUCAGGGAGGUACUUCUGUGGGUCGAGUGGAGAAGAAUCGGUCAAGUGACAGGGAGGAAUCGGAUGAGGAAGUGGUGGAGGAAAUCUACAAUGAAACGAGUAAAUUUAUGACUUCGGGUAUUCAUAUUUCCUCUUCCUCUUCGAAAGCAGGGGCAAGCACAUCUUCUUCCAAGUUAUUUAAUGGAUAG